AUGGCUGCUGCAAACUUAGCAAAAGCUCUCCAGGAUGAACUGACCUGUCCCGUCUGUCUGGAGUAUUUUCAAGAUCCGUGCAAAGAGGUCUUUCCCCAGAGGAACCUCAAACUUAACAAGAAGCUCAGGGAUGUUACAGUAGCAGUCAGAGAAUGGAGGUUGCAGUCAGUGAAGGAACCAGAAGCAGAGACUUUGUGUGAGAAACACAAGGAGCCUCUGAAACUGUUUUGCAAAAAGGAUAAAAUCCUCAUCUGUGUCAUGUGUGACAAAUCCAAGGAGCACAGAGAUCACUCUGUGAUUCCUGCAGAGGAAGUUACUGCUGAAGAAUUCAAGGUAAUAAAGAACGUAGGAAGGGAGAGAGUGUGUGGGGAACACCAGGAGCCUCUCAAGCUGUUCUGCGAGGAGGAUCAAACCUCCAUCUGCCUAACAUGUGACAGAUCCCAGGCUCACAGAGAUCACACAGUCAUUCCCAUAGAGGAGGCUGCAGAGGAAUUCAAGGAAAAGAUCCAGGCCCAUUUGCAGACUCUGAGGGAAGAGAGAGAAAAGUUUCUGGGAUUUAAAGUGACUGGAGAGAAGAGGAGCCAGGAAUAUCUGAAACAGACACAAAACGAGAGGGAGAAGAUUGUAUAUCAAUUUCAGAAACUGCAGCAGUUCCUGGAGGAACAAGAGCGACUCCUGCUGGCCCAGCUGGAACAGUUGGACAAGGAGAUUGUGAACAUACACAAUGAAUAUUUCACUGUACUCUCUGAGGAGAUUUCCCGUCUCAGUGAGCUGAUCAGUGAGGUGGAGGGGAAGUGUCAGGAGUCAGCGAGUGAAUUUCUGCAGGACAUUGGAAGCACCUUGAGCAGGUGUGAGAAGGGGAAGCUCCAGAAGUCAGUGAAGAUUUCUCCUGAACUGGAAAAGGGGCUUGGCAAUUUCUCCCAGAAAUAUAUUGCUCUUAAGGAGACUCUGAGGAAGUUCAAAGCUACAGAGCUGGCAAAGCCUAUGGGGCCCAAUGAAUCAGGGGUGAUUCUCUGGCUGUAUCUCAGAACUUCCCUAGCCUGUGCCAAGGUCUGCACUGCCCUCUGA